CGCGCAUUCACUUAAUUCAAUCUGUCUGUCUGUCUGAAAAAGUAUUGUGGCGGAUUUCGGACAAAAGUUGUUGUUGUUGUUGUUUUGGAUUGGAGUGGUAGCUUUUGAAGCCGAUUUGAAUUCGUCGGAUUUGUAGGAAGUCGGUUUAGUAGACGCCAGGGAUUGUUGGCGUAGGAAAGAGAGCGAGAGAGGGGUUCGGUUCCGAUGGGUCCGCAGCGGGAGCUGGAGGUGACGGUGCUGUCGGCAAAAGACUUGAAGAACGUGAAACUGACAGGAGGAGUGAUGAACCCUUACUGUGUGGCGUGGAUCUACCCCCACAUGAAGGUUUCCGGUGCCGUGAACAAUGGCGGAGGAGUGAACCCGACGUGGAACACCAUCAUUAAGCUGGUCGCGGAGGAGAGCCUGAUCCAGCAAGGAAACGCUAACAUCACGGUCGAGAUUUACAACCAUGGAAAAUUCUCCAACAAGUUUAUUGGGUCAGCGCUUGUUUCCCUCUCAGACGUGAAGGAGCAAAGCAAAGGCUCCUCAUAUCAGGUCCGGAAGAAAUCAGGGAAGGUCCAGGGUUUGAUUAACGUGGCAGUGAAGGUGGGAAGAGUAGUAUCUGAAGAGGAAGCGGCGAAGUACGCUCCUCCGAGCGUGGGAGUGCCAUACGCAAGCGGCAUGGGAGGAGGGUCACAAUACCAACAGCAACAACCAUACUAUCCGCAACAACAGCAUCCACAAUAUGUACACCAACAAGCGCAGCCGAGGAGGAGGGGCGGUCCCGGGAUGGGCUUGGGCGCUGGAUUGCUGGGAGGCAUGUUGCUGGGCUCGGCUCUAGAUGGUGGCGGCGGGUGCGGUGGUGGAUGCGGUGGAGGCUGCGGCGGUUAAUCCAUCCCUCCAUCGCCAUUAUGUUUUAUAGUUAGUUUUGAGCUAGAUUGUGGUAUUCCCAGUGAAGCUGUAUCCACACGUACACAAACUAUAUGUGCAUAUUGGUUUCGAGAUGUGCCGUCUGUGGCAUGGUUCUGAGGUUGCAGGUGCAGUGGGAGCCAGAUUGCCAUGCAAUUUGUUCACAUUUUUCAAGUGACUGAGUGAAUGAGAGUGAGUGAGUUCGGAAGGUUAGAAGGUAAAACAAGGCACUCUUGUAAAUCAUUCCGUCUGAGUCUCUCGAGCGUCUUCCUUGUGACCUCACAAGUCUGCCUUUCAAGACUGUAUUUAUUGUCAUUUCCACCUGUUGUUUCUGCACAACUGAUACACCUUUUAAUGCUUAGGUAUAUAUGUUUCAAAUAUUAUAAUUAAUGCCAUUUGGUAGUUUUUUCAAAGUUUUA